AAUUCAAAAUUCAAUGUUAUAUUUUUGUUUGCGGCAAUGAAAAUCAAGUAAAGUUUUGCAUUUUUACAAUUUUUACGGCUUUUCACGAUGAAAAUGGAACGUAUUCUGAACUGCUUUCUGUGUCAGGAACUAAAUAACGAAGUCUUUCCAAUAUUGGAAGCAGGUGCUACUGGAAGUGAUCCAACAAUGGCGGAAAAGGAUUCUGCCGCUCGAACCGGAAGUGAACAACUGCUCCCGGACUCGAGAGGAGCGAUCGUCAUCAAACACUUUUGGUUUGUAAUGGACGAAAUUGUUCACGAAUGCAUCUGUACCGAUUGCUGGAGGAAAAUCGAAGAGUUCCAUCGAUUCUACUUGCAAAUACAGGAUGUACACGAGCGCCGAGUUGAAUUUCCCCUGGUUGACGUCGGUAAUGACGGACAAGACCCUAAAGAGUUGAUCGAAGAAAAGAUAGAUGUUGACGAACUACCAAUAGCUGUUUUUGACGAGGCUACGGAAGUCAAAAUUGAACCGGAAACAGAUUCAUCAAUUACAAAUUUGGUCGAUUCGGAUCAUUUUCGGUGCGAACAGUGUGGUAAAAGCUGUUUCGAUAGCGAGGAUUUGAAACGACACAAAUGUCACAUUUUGAAGUACCAGGUCAAACGAAAGCAUCCUGAAAAACUGGAAAGGGAAAAUGAGGAAGAACCCAGCCCAGAAGAACAAAAGAAUGAACAGAAAGAUGCUUUAAUAGCUGAGCAUUGUAAGAUGAUCUGCAAUAAUUGUUCGGAACAAUUCCGUAGCUUUGCAGAGCUCCAAAUCCAUUCGGAAUCUGUUCAUCGUUCACAAGUCAGCAUUUUCUGUUGCAAUACAAGGUACACGGUCCGAUCGACGCUUCAUAGACACGUGAUGAAAGUUCACAAUAGACUUAAGUUUCCCUGCGAUCUUUGUGAUCGAGUUUGUAUAAGUAAAAAGGGUUUGGCCCACCAUAAGACAAAGAUGCAUGCUAAUGGCGAAAACAAAUAUGAUAAGGAAGAAAGUUUGGAUAGCUCUGACGAAGAUUCGUCACAGCUGGACGCUCCUGUGAAUGUUGAGGAAAGCGAGGAAGAAGAAGACCUACAGGAACUGACCUCCACGAAAGUGUUCAAAAUGAGAUCACCUGCCAAAGUUGCACGGGACAAUGCACUCAUAGCAAAGUAUUGUAUUAUACAGUGUGAACAGUGCUCUGCACAUUUUCCCACAUUUGCAGUGCUGAAUAAUCACUGCAAGGACGCCCAUGGGAGUCGAGCGUACGUUUACUGUUGUGAGAAAAAGUUCGGGUCCCGAAAUCGGCUGCUGGAACACGUCCAGUUGCACGUUAAUCCAAACCAGUUUAAAUGUGACAUCUGUGAUAGAGUCUGCCCGGAGAAGGAACUAUUGAAACGACACAAAAUCAAGAUGCACACACCCGAUGAAGAGAAACCGUUCGAGUGCGAUCGUUGCCACAAGAAGCUGGCAGAAAAGCAGGAAUACAAAAAGCAUAUGGACUACCACGUGGCAUUGGAGACCAAAAAGUACCAGUGCAAGCAAUGUGAAAAGUUUUUCGGCAAUGUAACGCUCUUAAAUUUGCACGUGAAAAACUCCCAUCCCACCUCGUACGAGUUCGUGUGCGAUACCUGUGCCAAGGGCUUCAACCGGCGCGGCGAUUUCCUGAAGCAUUUAAGGGUUCACGACCCGCAGGCAGCCGAGGAACGGGUACAGUGUCCGGAGUGCGACAAAUGGUUUCGCAAGGGUAGCCUCCGGUUUCACAAACAGUUGCAUCAACCCGUAGCGAUAAACUGUGAUAUUUGCGGUAAGGAGUCCAGCAAUCAACUCGCCCACCGUAAUCAUAUGCGGUACGCUCAUACGGCGGCCAAAUUUGAGUGCCAGUACUGCGAGAAGAUAUUUAAGCUUUCGAUCCGGUUGAAGGAGCACAUCGCGUCGCAGCACAGCGGCGAGAUGUUGUACACCUGUCCGCAUUGCCCGAAAACCUUUAAGUCCAAUGCCAACAUGCAUUCGCACCGGAAGAAGAUGCACUACCAGGAGUGGCUCGCGACACGACAGAAGCGGAACGAAACGUUUACGAGGUCCCAGGCGGAUAAGCCGGUGGCUUAAGGUAUUAUUUAGUUUAUUUUUUAAUUAAAUUUCUA